AUGUCAGAGGACACGAGAAUCAAGACCAGGAAGGGCAAGGUUCUCUAUGUUGCAAACCCAGGCUCAGGCGACUCCGAUGAAGCCAGCGACGACGAUCGUCCCAGGCGCCCAAGUGGCAGCGGCGGCUACCCCAAUUCUUUCAGGAGACCGCAGCAUUCCAACGCCUAUUCAAAUCCAAAUCCAUAUCCUCCUUACAAACUCACCACUCCAUCCAAUAAUCAUCCCCCGCCUCUAACUACAAUCGAUCUUAUUCCAAAUUACUCUCACCAUCAGACUCCUCAUCCGCCUCAAUCCUCUCCUUCUACUGCCAGUUCUCCAGCUGUCGAAGAUCCAGCCCCACUCCCAGCUGUUACGCUGCCCGUAUCACCUCCCGAAAUAGCCCCGUCCUCGUACCAGGAUCCGUCCAUCUAUGACGGCCGAGAUCUGCACCAGCCCUCUACUUCUCGUGCAGGGAAGCUUCUCCAGACAAUCAAAGCACCUUUCGGAAGAGUACCAAAGACAACCGUAGACAGUUCUCCACGGCGUCCCAAGACGUCUCCUACUGUAUCCACGCCUGAUUCAUACAGCUCAGUUUCAAGCUAUACGUCGACCUCGACCUCGACCACAUCCGACAAAAUCAUUAUUGUCGUUACCGCCGAUUCAGAACGAUACGUAACCGUUGAUGUGAGCGGUGCGAAAAGUGCAGUUUUUAUCAGAGAGUGCAUCUUUACAAAGUUGAAUAUCUACAGUGAAGAUGAUCAGUCUCCUUUUUCUAUCUAUCAAACUGAAAUUGGUGCCUUUGCCAUUGGUGCUGCCCUCACUGAUGACCUUUUGUUUUCUUUGUGUCGCGAUCACGGCGACUCAAGGGGUUCCCUCAAGUUUUUCGUUUCCCACUCUUCCGCUCCUGUGCACGAACAAGCGCCUCCAGCCAUUGAUUUUACCGUUCCCCCACCCGUUCUCCCCCAACAUUCGGUGACUCCUUUGCGUCCUAGGCAUGGUUCAAGUUCCAGGCACGGCAGUGUUUCUUCCGCUAGCGAACACGCUGGUUACGAUGCAGACCUCGACAAUCCAACCACACGCUCCUCUCAGCCAGCACCGCCAUUGCCCACGACCACCAAUGCACCUCCAUCUCCGCAUAGACGACCGAGUGGACCUCCUGCCCCGCGACCAUCAUCUCCCCUUCUUCAGUCCCCAGCAAAACCAUCAACCCCUCCUCUCCCUCAAGCCGCUGAGCGGCUCCGCUAUCAAAAGAGUGAUGCGACGUUCGUCGAUAAAUAUGGACAUGUAAUACCUACGCCUCCACCACCUCCACCGUUAUCCCCUCACCGUCCAUCUUAUUCAAACAACGAUGAUUCCACUCUUUCACCACCAGCUUCACGACUGCAUGUUCGCUCUGGAUCGGAUGCGGGUGCCGAGCGAGAGCAAGCUUUGAGGGCGUCAGAGGAGAGGGUGGAUAAGCAAUGGCAGCGUAUUCGGCAGCCUGCUGCGUUCGGGAGGCUGAGAGCGGAGGCGUCCAAAGAGACCCUGAACCAAACUAAGGAAUCUAGACUUCGCAAACGUUACCCCACUGACUCUGACGAUGUGUUGGGUCGAUCGGAUUCUUGGGUCGUAGUCCCUCAAGGCGGGGGGCGCGAUCAAGAGCAGAGUCAAGAGCUCCCAAGAACGUCACCUCCCAUUUCAAAGACCUCUCGACAACAACACUCUCCACGAUAUGGAAGACCCAGCUCUCCAUACGCCCCUCGCGUUCCAACUAUACCAAACCCUCCUCGACAACAGCCUCCGGUCGUCCCCAUAUCUAAUAGCGAUAUCCGACCUUCAGUACAGCGUGUUAAUGCAAGAAACCCUGUUCCGUCCAGUUUUGUUGUAACCUGGAAACCUGAAGAUUCUAAAACCAAUAAGACUGCUUCACCUCCCACUUCCAACUGGAACCGUCUUGGAAAAGGUCAUACAAAGAGCAUGGACAAUCUCCGGGCUUCCUCAAGCCUUCCGGCAUCAUUACAGCCCGGUCGUCGUAAUCCACCUCAACUUCCAAUGAGUCGGCAGGCCACAAAUCUUCGAGAUCUAACAUACUCCCCGAGCAACCUUCCUGGUAUGCCCAAGUCAUACGAACCCCCGCGACCCUCGAGGCCCCUACCCGUCCAAGGUUCUCCACACGGAAGUUCUUUGGACUUUUCCUCCCAGUACGGCUCACGCCCGCAUGGCUCAAACCUGAUGUCUCCCAAUGGGUCCAACCUCAUGUCUCCAAGCCACGAUCCUUAUCCUCGACCCCAAUCUGCUGCUGGCGACUCCAUGACAUCCCCCACCCAGCGGCAUCCGCGACAACUUCAGUCGCCGACCUACGGACCGACUUUGGACUCUGGUGAUCCAGCACGGUCUCCUCGAACAAUGUCUCCCAGUCGGUCUUAUUUUUCCGCAGGCGUACCCGGACCAAGACCCCAGCUGAACUAUAGCGAUCGAUCUGACCGUUCCUCUGACAUUCAGAGUGGGCCAGAGACAUCCAAUACCACGCCUCCUCGUACGCCAGUCAGCCCCCAAAGUCCGAGAUAUGGCCCAUCGGAGACCACAGCAUUCGUUGUUGAACCAUCGUCACCAACAACUGGAACCCCCAUACACAUUCGGACAGAUACGAAUCGUAGCUCGGAAUUGACUUUAAAACAAGGGGAACAUGUUAAAUUUGCACAGUUGAUAAAUGGGAUUGAAGAGUCAACAGGGACCGCCAUGCCUUCUCGCCCGCCGCUGUCCGAAAAACUUACAAGGUCACUCACACCACCACCUCCGUCAUCCUCCUCAAGCGAAACUCCAGCAUACAGUCAAGAUGACGAUGAUUCUGACCCAGGCGGGGGCACUUGGAUAGUACCGCCAACUGACAGGCCAAAAUCUGUAUCGCGCCCACCGUUGAAGGUGCAAAUAGAAAGCUCGACGGUGUCUUCAGGUAUGAACCUGCAGCUCCUGCCCCAGGCACCGCCCCCCACUUCUUAUCGUCCGUCCGCGGUUCCUCGACCGAAAAAACUUGUUGAUAGGAAAAUGCGAGGCAGCACAUUUGCCGACCAAGGGGACGAUUCAUGGGCUCCUCGUCCACCACCGGAAGACGUUUAUGAACGUCUUGAAGAGUUUUUCCCUGAACACGAUCUUGAUAAACCAGUUAUUGAGGCAAGCUCUGGUGGGACCUCUCCUACGACCGCGGAGCCUACGGCCCCCCCUCCUACACCAAUACCCGACAAGGGAAGAGUCAGAGCCAAGAAGUCCAUUCGCAUUGUCGCCGAAGAGCACAAGAAACGCAUCGAUCGUACUUCCAAGGCGGACGCAACGUCAUAUACAAACAAUAUGCUUCGCAAGAGGAAUACGAAGCUUUGGGGUCUUAGAAUGGAAGAAGUGACAUCAGAAGCGAAGAGUACGUCCAAUUCGUCUCUGUCUGAGUCAUCUCCUGGUGGGCCUACUACCUUCAAGUGGAUGAGAGGAGAGCUGAUUGGAAAGGGCACAUAUGGUCGCGUCUACCUUGCGCUGAAUGCAACGACGGGGGAAAUGAUUGCGGUGAAGCAAGUGGAACUUCCGCAAACUCCAAGCGACAAAAACGAUUCCCGCCAGGUGACGGUGGUGCAAGCAUUGAAGCUUGAAAGCGAGACUCUGAAGGACCUUGACCAUCCGAAUAUCGUACAAUACCUUGGCUUCGAGGAAACACCCGCAAACUUGAGCAUCUUCCUCGAAUACGUUCCUGGGGGUUCUGUUGGAAGCUGUUUGCACAAACAUGGCAAGUUUGCCGAAUCUGUCACCAAGUCAUUCACGGCGCAAAUCUUGAGUGGCCUGGAAUAUUUACAUUCGAAGGGGAUCCUUCACCGAGAUUUGAAAGCAGACAAUAUCCUUGUCGAAAUGUCAGGAGUAUGCAAGAUAUCUGAUUUUGGGAUAUCGAAACGAACAGACGAUCUUCACGGGGGCGCCUUUACGGCUAUGCAAGGAACGGUAUUUUGGAUGGCUCCAGAGGUCAUUAACACCCAGAAGAAGGGGUACAAUUUCAAGAUUGAUAUCUGGAGUGUUGGUUGUGUUGUGUUAGAGAUGUGGGCUGGUAUGAGGCCCUGGAUAGGAGAAGAAAUGGUAGCUGUGAUGUUUAAACUCUACCAAUCCAAACUCCCGCCGCCAGUACCCGAAGAUGUCACCUUAUCGGAGCUUGCAGAUGACUUUAGACGAAAAUGUUUCGCAAUAAAUCCUGAGGAGCGCCCAAGUGCUGCUGAACUCAGGAAGCAUCCUUAUCUCAUACUCCCGGCGGAAUGGGUGUUCACAGGAUUUACAUAAAAUUUACUAACUCUCGAUGACCACACGUACAUUUUCAUUUUCACUCUUCUUCCAUCUAACUUCAACUUCCAUCGGUUCUUGCUUUUCAUGACAUCCCCGCAUAUCCAUAGGGCUCCGCCAUACGAUAACAAGUGUAAACAGCGAUUUAAUCAGCAUUUAAUGCCAU